AUGACCGGGGCCCCGUCUCAAGCCACGGCCAGAGCAGCCUCUUCCCGGAAGCGCUCUAGGGCCGUGUCGAACCUUACAGAGGAGCAGAUCCAGCACAAACGCAACGUCGAUCGUAGGGCACAGCGCGCCUUUCGUCAGCGGAACAAGGAAUGCAUCACCAACCUCGAGCUUCAAUUCUCUCAGCUCCAGGGGACAUGUGCUGAGCUACGUGAAACCUGCAGCCAGAAAGACGCCCAGAUCGACUCCAUGCGUGAUGAGAACCAGUCCUUGAUAAGCUGCCUGGAAGCCAUCUCGGAGCUUGUGACAAAGGCCCUGAGGCAGGCCAGCAAGACUCAUGACCGAGACGCACAUGACCAAGACACAUCGCGGGACGAGAGUCAGAUUGGGGGUCAACAGACCACUACAGGGACCCCUUCUCGCCAGGAAGAGGCCGAAGACGACCCACUGCCUGUAGCUCUUCAAGAAUGCCCAGAGCUUCAACAGGAUUCAGGUCAUGCCAGACGAUCCCACACGGAGGAGCCCUUUGACGACCAGCUGGUGCAGUGCCAAAGCUCACCGACACCCACGAAUCAUGCAGGCCCCGUACAUGACCAACCCUAUAACAUUCCGGAUGAUAUGGGUAAUGAGGAUGCCAUUUGUCAUGUUUCCCCGGCAGCAAACGCAGGUUUUCUGUCACCCCCUGGAAGCCACCAGGCCCCCGACUCCCACAUUCCCUACAGCGCCUCAUCGCAGUCAGGAACAGAAGCAUCCCACGUGGUCCAGCAUGACACAACGGAAGACUACUCAGGCUUUGGCGGCUCGAUAGCCAAUGUCGGUCAUUACACCCCGUCCAACGCCGUAUUCGGAAUUCUCCCUGCCCACGUACCAUCCACAUGCCCAUUAGACCUCAUACUUCUUGAAUUUCUCAAGUCUAGAAGGGAAAUGCUGUCGAAUGGUCUGGACCUGGACUCGAUCGUUGGCCCUCCAAGACCCUCGACACGUGCCCUCGUCAACCCUGAGCAGGUUGAUUCGGUGCACCCUUUGAGUGGCAUAAUGUCCAGAGUGUUGUCGACGUUUCCUUCUGUACAAUUGGCCGAAAAGCUGGCCUUCUUCUAUUUGAUGUGCCACACCAUGAGGUGGCAAAUUCACCCUACUAAGCAACACUAUACUGAUAUGCCUUCGUGGCUGAGACCGACAGUGACACAAAUCGCCGUGCCUCACGCUGCUUGGAUUGACAACAUACCGUGGCCUGGUGUUCGUGAUAUCCUCAUUGAGAACCAAGCCGAAUAUCCUUUCCAGUUGUUCUCAGAUUACUAUUCCCAGAAUGUCAGUGUGAAUUGGAAGUUUGAUGGGUUAGACGCUGUGUCAGAUCUGAAUGGGGAGGGCACACUGCAUUCCAUCUUCGAAAGGCACAUACGGGAUCUGAGGAACUGGACAGUUAGCAAAGCAUUCCAGGAUCGAUUCCCUUCGAUGACUGGGGCAAUUACUGAUAUUACCCAGUAG